CUGGCACCUGGGCCCCUUGGUCGCUGCCGAGCUGCGGAAACAGCUGGAACCUCGGGCGGGAAAUGACCUUUGGCUCUAAAAAGAAGACUUCAUUUUUCAUGAGGCAUGGCAGCAGUGAAAACCCCCAGCAGAGAAAUAAAGAAUGCUGAAGAACCAUAUGAAAACAUAUCACCAGUCCUUUUGAAAAGUUUAGUGGAGGAACCCAAGAAAAGGACAGAGGUACCUAAUCACCUGCUGGAAUCAAAGAUUUAUUCAAAACUUCAGUAUAAUGAGGUCAUACAGGCAAAACCCGGCAUAUUGCAUUUUGGAGGCUAUCAAGUAGAUGAACAACACCAGCAGAUUCUGAGCCUGGUCAAUAUUUCCAACGAUGCCACCCACAUACAUAUCUUACCCCCGCAGACCAAGUACUUCCAGAUCAAGUACGUGAAAAAGGAGAACCGCCUGGUCCCUGGCUUGUCCCUUAGCAUCACCGUCACAUUUUCUCCGGAUGAGUGGAGGUACUAUUAUGAUUGCAUCCGCGUUCACUGCAAGGGGGAUGACACUUUGCUCAUUCCUAUCCAUGCCUAUCCCAUCAUGAACACAUUGGAUUUCCCCUCAUUUAUAAAUCUAUCAAACGUUCUGCUUGGUGAAAGCAAAAAGUAUGUUAUUCCUUUGCAAUGCAGCUGCCCUGUAGAUUUUGAGUUUCAUAUUACUCUGAUGAAAGCUCAUCAAGCCUUUACUGUUGAGCCCAUAUCAGGAAUCAUUCCAGCUAACGGGAAGAUCAAGGUGACUGUUACAUUUAAACCCUUUCAGUACGGAACGGCACAGAUGAAAAUGCAGCUCUGGAUUUCGCAGUUCAACUCUCAACCAUACGAAUGUGUCUUCACUGGAACCUGCUAUCCCAACAUGGCGCUACCGCCAGAAGAAUUUGAAAGAUUAAAUGCUCUUUCUAGGAAAAUUGAUAUUCCUCCAGAAAAGACAAUGCCACGUGUACAUUUUCCCCAACCUCUACCUGCAAUAAAGCCUGCCAAGCUUAAGGAAAUUGAGUAUAAGGACUUGAGAUUUCCUGUAGAUUUAUCAAAUCCAUUUGCUGUGGCAACCGUUUUGAACCAAGAGCCAGGAAAACUGAAGGUUAAAGUCUUAAGAGAAGUGAUGGACCUAGGUGAUGAUAUUUCAAAGACAAGACAGAUGAAGGAAGCACUCUUUGAGCAGAAGGUCAGACAGUACAUUAAAGAGCAGCAGGAAAAUCAAGUCAAGUGGCAAGUGCACAUUGGUAGAGACUUUAUGUCUCUGAAAUCACGUAAGGAACUUACUGAUGAAUGGCAGAAAGCAAGCCACAAAUACAAGCUGGAUCGAGGAGAUCCUGUUUGGAAGGAGGAGUUUCAGCGCACCAAGACAGAGAUUAACAAGCAUCGGGUGGUUCAUGAUAUCGGACAGAAAACGCAAGAAUUUCAUCCCAGUUUUGAUCCUCUCCUUAAUAAUACUUGGGUCACCCGAUUCAGGGCACAAAGACGUUUUCAACAAGCAGCACGCAAGGUCAUGGUUCAUCGACGGUUACUCAAAACACUGAAAGCUGUGCGCGAGAUAGAUAGGGAGGAAGUGAAGAGAAAGUUGAGCCAUGGAAAAAGAUCGAUGGAGCAAGAGAUGGAUUUGUCCAAAAUUCUUCAUAUGUGGAUGAGUAAUGAUGAUCAUCCUCGUCGUUCUUCUCUUUCUUCCAACAACAUCCUACCUUUCUCCUUCCCAACUUAUAGUCCUCCUCAGGACUCCAAAGAAUUGGCUCCUGAUGGCCUUGGACCAGUCCCGAUUAAAGCUUCAGAAGUUCAAAUCAAGCAAAAUUAUUCCUUCUUCAAGCUUCAGGUUCCUCAACUGUACAAACUCAAGGGCUACCAGCCAUUCUACAUAGAAGGGUCUUCCAUCAGUUACACACCUCAGAAGCUUGCUCGAGCCCUGAAGCAGGGAGCUGAGGAUGAAGCCGCCACUGUCAUUACUCUGCCAAAGCAGGACAGCACCCCCCAGCUCCCCAGCAGACUUUCCAUCCUAAAUAUGAAGCCGCCGGAGACCUUAGCCAAUUCUCUGGACUACGACCCACUUUAUAUUUUUAAUCCCGCUCCCGGAGUAUUUGCUGCAAAGAUCCCACUGACCUAUGUAGAAACCUCCAUAGAUUAUCAUCUGUGUCCUCACCCCAAGUACAAGUUCACCAAAGAGUGCCACCCCAACUCCAGCAUUCCGUUCACACAGAAGCAGUUUCUCCAUCACACGGACAUCAUUCCUGGAGUGAUGAACUGGAAAAAGUUCCAGCCCUUGGUUCUCUCCCCCUUUUUUGACAACUGGAAGGUGGAGACAACGCACAGCUGUGAUUCCUUCAGUUUAGCUAUGCUUCCUGAAGACGUCCCUGCCAUUCUGAACUCCUUGCCAGAAGAAGACAGACUGGAAACCUUAGAACGAGACCUCUGUGAACAGAAUAUGGAAGUUACAUUAACACCAGGAAUGAUAGAAUUGGAAUUUCUUAUGCUGGAUGACAAGGACUCCAAAAAGGAGAAGGAGGUGAAAGACCAGGCGCCGCCCCUCGAAGUGGGAGAAAAGGUGCAAGAAGAGAUGAAGAAUCUGCGGAGCAAAGCCAUCAACUCACACUUGGUUCUAGAAUAG